AUGCCACUAGCCAGCCAGUGGUUCAGUUUCGAAAUUGACCGCUUGAGCACGAGUGAGUUCGCCCAUGUCGGCGCCCACGCAGAAGCAGCUAAGGCAAGGUCCCAAACUGAUGAUCGCAGCGGUUUCGCCCCUUCAAGGCAGUCGGCGAAGUCUUGCAAGAAAGCCAAAUCUACACCCGUAACGCCGCGCACUGCGGAUGUUGCUUCGACUACCAUCGCUGCUGGUGAUUCCAGACACGGUUUGGCCUCGGCUGAGGCGCUGCUGAGCCCUGGUGCCAGUACCUCCGCCUAUAUUACUGGGGAAAGAAGCACCGCAGAUCGGUCCGAGAGAGCUUGCUCAGCUGCCCGAAACCUGUUUGAACACCGAGAACCCGUUGACCAAAGCGACCAGACUGCACUACACGCCUCUAGCGAUGCAUCGUCAACUCACAGUACUUGCUCCAGCGGUGCGCCCACCACUGUUGCGCCUCUGUCGAGUGAUAACGAUGGACCUGAAGCGGAAAAUGAGACUGAGAGCGAAUAUUUCGAGGGCGGCACUAUUGAAAUUGAAUGUGAUGAUAGUUGUGAGACCGAAAGCGACGAUGAGGUGGACGAGGCGGACGAUUUGUUGUAUCAAAUGAGUCAAAACAAGGAAAGCGUGCGUGCAAUGAAGGAAAACGGCUGGGACUACGAUGUAUCGCCGGACCCUACUUCGUCUCAUGAGUAUUCCGGUCUUUACAACGGGAGCUAUGGACCAACACGAGCUGUCCUGGAGAAAGCCAAGUCACCCCUCGACCUGUUCCUGUUUUUCAUGCCACCGAAGUUGUGGGAAGUUACCGCCCAGGAAAGCAACCGAUAG